GCCUUUAAGACUCCUGACUUGAAAAGGAAACACAUGCGAGAAACAAAUCUUUGGGCAGUCCAAGCAUUUCAGCAAGAGCCUCCUGACCUAGCAGCCAAGACUGUCCCUGGCUUCCUGCCAUGUACCCCAACCCUCUCAUCUACUGCACCUGCUGGGACCCCUGGAACUUGAGGCCACAGAAGCUAAUCAAGACCCCUCAGCCACCAAGCAAGACCUUCACAGGGAAGCCCAAGCUAACUCCUCUUCCUCCAGCUGGAAAAAAACAAAAUUAUGUCCAACUAACAACAAAAGCAGUUGUUGCCCCAAGGAUGAAAAUCCAUUUAGGGAAACAAGAGGAGAGCAAUAAAUUACCUUAUGAAGUGAUAAACGUGUCUCCUGGCUAUUGCCUCACUCGGAAUAGGGAGCAGAAUUCUGUCACCUUGGGAGAUGAGAUGUUUGUCAGGAAAAAGCCAGAAUCAGAGAUCAUGGACAAAGUCAAAAUUUCCAGGACUGAUAUCAUUACUGACCUAGAAGAGCAGAUCUCAGAGCUGGCAGUGAUAAUAGAGCAAAUGAACAGAGACCACCAGUCUGCUCAAAAACUGCUCUCCAAUGAAAUGGAUCUCCGCUGUGCUGAAAUGCAACAGAACUUUGAAAACAAGAACAGGGAGCUCAAAGAGGCUCAUGCAGCAGAGCUCAGUGAGUUGGAGAACAACUACAAAGCAGCCUUGAAGGCAGAGAAGUUUGCUUCCCAGAAAAAACUAGAGGAGAUGGACAAGGAAUAUAAGUAUCUGAAGAUUAUGUUUCAUAUGUACCAGGACAGCAUUUAUGAAGAAAUGGAAGAUAAGUGGUCAAAGAAGAGGGCAGAAUGGGAGAAGGAUGAGAAGUCGGAGCAGGAAAAGAUCUUACUACAGCAAAAACAUAAGAUGACAAAAAAGUUUGAGUUAGAGUCAGAAGAAGAAAAGAAGAAAAUAAACAACACCUACAGUGCCAUCCUUGAGAAUUUCAGUCUGGAGAAAGAGGAGCUAUUGAAACAACAUGAAAGGGACACCUUGCAAUUAGAGGAGCUGAGAAAGGCCAAAGAGAUCAUAGAAGAAGAGUUGCACGCACAAGCUCUUAACCUAGAAUCACUUAACACAACUCUCUGCCAUACCCAGAUGGAACUCCAGAGAGAGAAAGCUGUGGUGGGAAAUCUGGAGAAAACACUCCAGGCCAAGCUUGCUGAAGCUGAAGAAAAGUUUAAAUAUACCAUACAGCUCCUGACAGAAGAAAACAUUCAUCUAAGACAAAAAUUAAUUGCCAAGAAUGAUGAAAUUUAUGAAGAACGAUCUGGGAGAUUGACCUCUAUGACUGCUUUUGAGAAUGAGUCUGACACAUUAGAAGAUGGUAACCACAAAGGACAAGAAUCAUGAGCAGAAAAGCUGUUCUCUGUUGCCAAACAUGGCAGGAACAGCACCUCUAUAGGCCAAGAGGACGCCUGUGAGGCUUUCUUGACAAAUGCACGGGAUGAGUUUAGUUCCUGGGUUGCCUUGAUGCAGCUCUUGUCAUUUCACGAUUUGCUUUCUUCUGUGAUUGGAAAUGUUUGAAUUCUCAUCUCAAUUACGUAGAUUUUCAUGACCCUUCAUUGAAAAGUGAUGACCUCUCUACCUGAAGCUGAGCUUUCCUAUAUGGACUGUACCAUUUUCUCUUCCAUCUUUACAUUUUUAUUUUGAAGACACUGCUCUGAAGAACUUCUAUUAAAUUCUGAUUAUAUUCUGGGGUGUACCUUUUGUUCCCUUGGGGCAUUUAGCUAGCAAAAAAAGAGAAUUUAUUGAUUUGAUUCCUGAAUCCUUGUCUCAUUUACGUGUGUUCCCAUCCCCCCACCUCUCAAUCAUGUUCCCUAACCUGUGAUUUGGGAAGAGUUUCUGAUGAUUCUUGCCACCUUUUCUAAACCAUUGCCAGCCAGGCAAUGUAAAUAAGUGAAAUGGGCUAGACAUGGGAAAACAAGCACAGGAAUAAAUCAUAAUUGACAUCAGCCUCAGCAGAGAGGUUAGGGUGGGUGGAGGGGUGUGGGACUCGAAGGGGAGAGGGAUGGGGAGCGGGUGAACCCAUUCUGUUGUUGUCAUACAGAAACCUGGACACAAUUAUUUUUUUAAAAGAAGAUGUUCUGGCAUUUAUGUGACAUCUCCCAAUUUUUAAGUAUAUGGGCAAUAAAUUUUUAAAAACUACAACAGUGUGAACCAACACAUGGGAGGCUCAAAUGAAACCCAUCUGUGAUCCAAACAUUCUCCAUCUGUGAGACGCUGUUGGCAAAAAAAACAAAAACAAAACAAUCUCCAAGCAGCAUAAAAUACUAUAUUUUUUUUCUAUUAAAAAUAUUUUUAAAAAAAUAUUCUU